AUCUUCUUUAGCUGUCCACCGAGAGAUCUUCUUCCUUCUUCCUGCUCUCUCUUUCUCUCUCUCUCUCUCUCCAUCUUUCCAUCAUUACCAGUAACUACGUACCUAAACAACAAAAGAAAUGAUUCUAAAUCUCUGUACAGUAGACUUCUCUACCCUCCACGCCACUACUGCUGCAAGAGAGAAGGUGAAUGUAAAAAUGUCUUACCGCCCUGCCAAAGAAGUGCAUGUUCAAGUCACUCAUUCAAUGCCACCUCAAACGAUUGACAUUUUGAAAUCCUUGGAGGGUUGGGCUGAGAAGAACGUGUUAACCCUUCUAAAGCCUGUUGAGAAAUGUUGGCAGCCGCAGGAUUUUCUGCCAGAACCUGACUCUGAAGGCUUCUAUGAUCAGAUUAAGGAGAUAAGAGAAAGAACCCAGGAUCUUUCUGAUGAAUAUUUUGUGGUUUUGGUUGGAGAUAUGAUCACAGAAGAAGCAGUCCCAACAUACCAAUCAAUACUUAACUCCCUGGAUGGAAUUCAAGAUAAGACUGGUGUAUCUCUCUCUCCUUGGGCAAUUUGGACUCGGGCUUGGACUGCUGAAGAGAAUAGACAUGGAGAUCUUCUCAACAAGUAUCUUUAUCUCUCUGGACGUGUAGACAUGAGAAAAAUUGAGAAGACAAUUCAGUAUCUCAUAGGCUGUGGAAUGGAUUCUAAAUUUGAGAACAACCCUUACUUUGGAUUCAUUUACACUUCAUUCCAGGAGAGAGCUACAUUUAUCUCCCAUGGAAACACAGCAAAACUAGCUAAAGAACUGGGAGAUAUUAAACUGGCAGAGAUUUGUGGAACCAUAGCUGCAGAUGAGAAACGCCAUGAAACUGCAUAUGUUAAGAUUGUAGAGAAGCUAUUUGAGAUCGAUCCAGACACUACUAUCUUGGCAUUUGCUAACAUGAUGAGGAAAAAAGUAUCAAUGCCAGCUGAGUUGAUGUACGAUGGCGAGGAUUACAACCUUUUCAACCACUACUCAGCUGUUGCUCAGCGUCUUGGAGUCUACACUGCUAAAGAUUAUGCUGAUAUUUUGGAAUUCCUUGUGAGAAGAUGGAAAGUGGACAAGUUGACAGAUCUUUCUGGGGAGGGACGUAGAGCUCAAGAUUUUGUUUGUGGAUUAGCUCCAAGGUUUAGAAAGUUGGUGGAAAGAGCUCAAGAAAGGGCAAAGCAAGCACCCUCUAUUCGAUUUAGCUGGAUUUUUGGCAGAGAAUUACAAGUUUAACCAUCAAGUCUUCAGCUAUUUGCCUUUGUUUUGUAUGUUUGAGCUGAUAAUGGAAGCUUGCUCUCAUAUAUUAACAAUAAGAAGUAAAAAGAUGAGUCAUGACUA